ACCCCAAAAUCCAUUUUCGCUUACCAAAUUCGAUUCAAAACAUUGUAUACUUAAAACUCAUGGUCAUGAUAUCGAAUAUCAGAGUAAUGAAAUCCAUGUGGUACUUUAUUGCUACUGAGAAUUAAACUGAUAAUUAUUUUAUCAUUGUUAUCUCUAUCAAUUCCAAUAACAGGAGCUAUUGUUAUAGCAUAGACGAAUUUGUGGUUAAAGUUAUUUUCUGUCAAAAGAAAAGUGAAAUAUCACAAUAUCUGUCAGAUAUGUCAAAUUACCUACUGUACUGCAGACUGCUAAAUGUAUACACUUUAAUAACAUUGAAGUUGAAGGAUAUUAUUUGUCUAUAUGAGCUUGUGAUGGUAUCAUAUUUCGUUCAAAAUCAUAUUUCAGUUUUAUAGGAUCAGGCUUUAUGGAGAAUGUAAAUUAUUUCAAUAAAAUGUCAUGAAUUUUUCUUCGAACGAAAUAAUUUUAGAAGCACAAAGGGGACGACAAUGGAGCCCUAUAAUAACUCAACAGCUACGCUUGAGACAUAUAAAUCAAGUAUGGUGCUUGAAUUUGAAAUGUGAAAGAAAUAAGCUAUUCAAUUUCUAUUUCACCUUGCAUUUAACGACUAUGAGUGCCCCAUUUUAUACAAGUGAAAAGACUCGCGGACCUCAUCCAAAAUGGCAAGAUUUAGUUUUGAACAACUAUCCAACUACAACUGCUGUUGUUUUACGUAUAUGGCAACAUGAAGAAAAAAAUAGUGAUGGAGAUAAAAUGAUACUUGUUUGGGGUCUUCAUCUAUCUGGAUUGGUGUAUCUUGGGAACAAAGUAAUACAUAUGCAGCCUUGUUUAUUCAAUCAUAAUACUGUGAUAUUUUGUAUGUUGGGUGGUUUCUUUACUAGUGUUCAUUGUAUCAGAAAUGAUAUUCAUCAAUUACCAGAUUCUUUUAAGCAACAUAUGAAUAUACUAGAUUUUCCUAAGAACAAAACAAUUUACAAAAACACUACUUCUUUCCAUCAAUCCAAUGAUGUUAGGAAAAGUUAUAAUGUAGAUAAAUUGAGGAAAUUGCACUAUACAGAAAUAAUAAUAAAAAAUAAAACGAUAGAGGCUCAGCAAUUAAAAGAAAAAAUUACAAAGUUGGAUGUAUCAAUACAAAAACCAGAACAACAGAUGCCAUUGAUGAAAACAAAGAGUACAUCUCAAUUGCUCACAAUGGAUCAUCUUAAUAGAAUGUUAGAUGAAAAACCAACCCCAAUACAGCAACAAGAAAUGUAUAGAUUGAAACUAGAGAUUGAAAAUGCUAAAUUCAAGACAAAACUGGCUGGUCAAUGUUUAGAAAAAAAAUGGGUUAACCUCAAACUGUUGAGAAAAAGUUAUUCUGAUCUGAUGGAGAGUAAUACUGAGAAGGAAUCUCAGUUGAUGGAAAACUUUCGAAUUCUCAGCAAAGAAAAAGAAAAACUGAAAGAAUAUCACAAAGUAGUGAAACAACAUCAAGAAUUAUUAAUUCAUAAGAAAUCUCAGUUAUUUCAAAGAAAGCGCCAACUUUUACAGCAAUUGCUAUGGAUUUAUCCUAUACAAGAAGCUCCAGAUAAGAAAUAUACAAUUAAAGGCAUGCAUCUUCCCAACUCGGAUUUGUUGUCAGAUGUCACAGAUGAUGGUGUAUCUGUAGCUUUAGGAUACGUAACUCAUAUUUUACUAAUGUGUUCAAAAUUUUUGCAAGUACCUCUCAGAUAUCCAAUGACUCAUUUGGGUUCGAGAUCAAGUGUAACUGAUGAAAUAUCUCCAGAUCUACCAGAAAAAGAAUUUCCUCUAUUCACUAAAGGCAAGGAUCGGAUGCAGUUUACUUAUGGAGUUUUUUUGUUGAACAAGAAUAUUGCGCAACUAAGAUGGUUGUUCAAUAUGCAUACUCAAGACUUGAAACUAACACUUCCCAAUCUCCUAAGUUUUCUUCAAGGCUAUAAGGAAUCUAAACAAGAGAGGUUCAUGGUUUCUCUUCUCAAUAUUAACGAAGAAACUAAUCCACAGAAUUUGAUUUCUGCGAUUCAAAAACUGCCACCACUUUGUUGCUUUAAUGAAUGGAGUUUGAAAUAUGAUAGAAAAAUGGAGUGCUCUAAUUCCCCUGAAUUGAAUAGUGACAAACACAGAAUAGGUAAUGGUGAUAUAAAAAGUACUCCUCUAGUAAAAGGGGAUUAUUUGACUCUCUCAGAAUUAUUAAUGAAAAAACAAAUUAGCAAUGAAUCUUUCAGAAGUUAUUUAUCUCAGGAUAAAGAAAGUAAUUAUGGUCCUAGACAUACACCAACUGUCAAAAAAGAAAGCGCCAUGGACAGUACAAGCAAUUUUUCAAAUAACCAACUCAACUGUGAUAUAAUUUCGAAUAAUGAUAGUAAUAAGGAAACAAUAGACUGUUUACAACAUAGUGAUUCAGUGGAAGAAGGAACAGACUUGUUAAACCCUAAAUCAACAUUAAGUGAUUUAGUGGUAGAUACAAAUGGUAGUAAUGGAAAUGUGCAACCUAAAUUAUUGCAUUGUGACAGAGGAGUUUUCAUCAACAAUCCAGAAAAUGAUGCUCCUGAACAGACUAACUUAAUUUCCAAAGAUCAAGAGGAGUUUAUGCAAAACUGGUUAAGGACAGGGCCAGCAUUAGUUUGUUCUGAUAAAAAUCUUUAUCCUGAUGAAUAUUUGGGUUCCACUUCUUCAGUUCAGAACUCUGAAAGUCCUCUGACAGCUCGUACUGAUGCUUUAGUGUCCACCAAAUCUUUCAAUUUGGUUAAACCUAAACACUGAUACAAUAUUAAUUACAACGAAGUAUUAUUAUGGUAUAAAUCAUUUCUUUUCUUUAUUGUGAUUAUUUCCAUUAAUUUAUGUUUAUACCGUCUGUAAUUUGCAUAAGAUGUAAUUUGAAUUUUGAUGGAAUUAAUAGAAUAUUAGAGUUCUUAAGCAGUGUCAAUGGAGCUGUGUACUAAUUAUAAUAUACAAUUGAUGCUAAGGAAAGUAUGAUAUGAAAUAUCAGUCCAUUUGUUCUGAAUGAAAAGAUCAUUCUGAUUGUUUGAAAAUAUUUGUAUUGGUAUAUAUGGGUUUAUUGAGGUUUCAUGAAUCAUUUAGAUCUUGAAAUGAUGAUACAUUUUUUAGUAAACAAAACUUUAGAAAGAUUUUAAUUUAUUAUUGAAAAUAUAUAAUCACUUAAUAUAUAUGUAUAUAUAUAUAUAUAUGAAUUGAUAUAGAGUAUGUCAUCAAAAAGUGUCGUUCGUAUACAUUGCUUUUGCAGUUUUUGAUUAUAUUAUUUGCGGUGUUGAAUCCAGAAAAUUGAAUUUCAACAUCUAGAGGGGGUAGUCAAAAUUCAUUUUGAUUUUGAGUUAUAGUUUUUUUCUUUGGGUAUCACUCAUGCUAGGGAGGGUAUUACACCCUCUGGCCUACCUUGGAUUCAACACUGAUUAUUUGCCAUUAUCUUUUAUUAUUUUUUUCUCUCAAAGUAAUUUUAAAUAAAGUUGCUAAAAAAUAAA